AUGGAAGGGCUUAAUCCUAUCUCUGAUGAUGUGGAAUAUGUUGCUUUUAUUUUUUAUGCUAAUGGAACAUAUGGUGUAAUUUCAGUUUAUGUGGAUCAUAUUGGGGUUGGUGUUGAUGGGUGGUUUGAUGAUGAAGAUAAUAAUGAUGAUGAACAUGAGUCUUGUAAUGAUGGUGAAAAUGAAGAUAACAUAGAUGAACUUAGGAAUGUUGUCUUUAAAUUUAAUGAGGAUGUAGUGCAUAUGAAUAAGACAUCAAAUGAUCCUUUCUUGAGUAAGUUAUGUGUUGAUGAGGAUGAGGAUAACAACAUUGUAAAUGAUGAUACUAGGAGAGAAGUUGAACCUAACAUCCAAACUAAUUCCAUAUUUAAUGAGCUAUUACACAGGAAAAAACAAAAACCAAUUCUAGGAGUAAGAUUUAAGGGUCCAGGGAAAGUAAAAUUAAUGUUGUGA